AUGACCUCAACAAAUUUUGCUGCAGCGCAGGAGCGCAUUCUGGAACGCCGCCGUCUCGGUGAAGCCGAAGCUCGAGGCCGACUCCCCGAACGAAGUGCCCGUCUUCCUGCAGCUAUCGAAAGACUUCCUUAUCCGCUUUCUCGAGUGUCCGAUGCUGGUGUCAUAUUAUGGGACACGAUAAAGGGGAGGGAAGGGACGAAACCGGCGUUUCGGGUUGGCCAGGUCGAUGCGGAGUUGCUGGAUGAGGAGCUCCUAACUCUACUCAAAGGUCAAGUUGGAGAGGGAUUAAAAUAUUUCGGAAGCCACAUUAAAGAGGAUUGGACACACGAGAUACAGUUUGCGUUGCGGGCUAUUCUCUUCAAGCUCUCUGUAUGGGAUCACAAUGCCUCGUAUGGUGCAGCUCUACAAAACCUCAAAUAUACAGAUAGCCGGCAAAAGGGACCAACUCUUUCGGAUCCGACGAAAUCACAAAAGGCACUAUAUGGCCUUUUCACGGUUGGAGGUCGCUAUAUAUGGGAUAAAUGGGAGAGUUGGCUGAUUGACCAGGAGGGUGGAUAUGAUGAGCCCUCGACGCAAAUACGCCUUUUAUCCAGAAUCACAAAUACCAUCUCAACCACACACUCGAUAGCAAGCUUCGUUUCGUUUCUCGUUUUUCUCACCAAUGGUCGCUAUAGAACGCUAAUCGAUCGCCUGCUACGUAUGCGCCUAGCCCCCCCAUUUACCCAAGUCAGUCGCGAAGUGUCCUUCGAGUAUCUGAAUAGACAACUCGUCUGGCACGCGUUCACGGAAUUCCUCUUAUUCCUUCUCCCUCUUGUUGGAAUCGGGCGCUGGAGACGUUGGAUCACCCGAGCCUGGAGGAAAACAAUGUCAUCGCUUCGAACAGCUGACGAAGGAAAUGAUGAGCAGGUCAAGGCCCAGGGGGGGCUCGCCUUUUUACCGGAAAGAACAUGUCCAAUCUGCUACCAGGAGCAGAACCCGGCAGCUAGGUCGGAAAACGAUGUGCUGGGCGCCUCGGGGGCUUCGGGGGGCAUAAUAGGUUCGGCACAAACGGAUGUUGUCAACCCCUACGAGACGAUGCCGUGUGGAUGUAUAUACUGUUUUGUCUGUAUUGCGGAGAAGCUCGAAGCAGAAGAGGGCGAGGGCUGGAUUUGUCUUCGAUGCGGGGAGAUCGUGAAGAAAUGCAAGCCGUGGAACGGUGAUGUUCUUGAGGACGUAUUGCCUUCUCAUUCAUCAACGACAGGUGGGAAGAAUGUGGGGUUUGCGGCCAUUCCAGAUCAUGAUAAUGAUAAUGAAGCCGAGGCAGACGCAGAAGCCAAGGCUCAUGGUCAAGCUCAUGUUGUCGAAAAUAAAGAUGGCGUCUUCACUGAUGGUGACGAUAGUAUGCAUGAGUCUAAUCAGUGGUCUGCGGUUGAGAAGGAUAAAACGGAUGACACGAGUGUCGAGUCUGACAGUGAGGAUAUCAAGUAG